CCCAUCUUCUCUUGCUUUCUGUGCAGAUCCUUCCAGAGAAAGAGCAGGAGCAGAUUGCCUUAUCAGAGAUGCCAUGCCAGACUCAGGGAGAGCUGAGAGCCCGAGAGCAGGAAGAGCAGCUCAGGCAGCAGGUGGAAGAGCCACAGGAGAAUGGCCAGAGCAUCAAGGCAGAGCCACAAGCAGAGCUGCCCGAAGCUCAGAGUGCCAUCACAGAAGUGAAGAAGAGGAACCAGGAAGAGACAAGAAGAAUUCAAAAGGAGAUGAAUCUCCAUCAGCAGAGGGGUGAUCAACAAAACCAGGUGACUGAAAGAGUGGCAGUCACUCCACUUGUGAAAGAUCCUCUCUCUCGUAUUUUAGAGAAAUUGAAGGAACAGCUGGACACAGACUUUCAGAAAGCUCACGCUAAGAUCAUGGCAAGGGAGAAGAGGCAGGAGGAAGAAAUGAAAAUCAUCAGAGAAAAACUUAAUCCCCUCCCUCAGGCUCUACAAAAGCAAGUGAGUGAAAGAGGGAUAGCCACUGCAGUCACCAAACUGGUGGUUUCUGCCCUUCUGGCCUUCCCAGUGCAGAGCAGCAGGGAGCGGGGUGAUGCCUCUGAGUGCCAUCCUGCUCUAAGGAAUAUGGUGACCCAGAUGGAGGAUUGA